GCGGUAGGAGGGAGCAGCCGGUCGCUGCGUCCCGGGCGGCCACUUUCCGGGGACCCGGCUCCUCUCGCCCGGGAGGAGAUAAUCCUCUGCGCCCUCCGGGUAUCUCCGGUCCAUACCUUUCUCAACAACAUGGAAGAAUUUUUGCAGCGCGCCAAGUCUAAAUUGAAUCGAAGCAAACGCUUGGAGAAGGUCCAUGUGGUUAUUGGACAUAAGUCCUGUGAUUUGGAUUCUCUCAUUUCUGCCUUCACAUAUGCUUACUUUCUAGACAAGGUCAGCCCUCCGGGGGUUCUCUGUUUGCCGGUGCUGAACAUACCAAGGACUGAAUUCAGUUACUUCACUGAAACAAGGUUUAUUUUAGAAGAGCUCAACAUUUCUGAGUCAUUCCACAUAUUCCGAGAUGAAAUCAAUCUGCAUCAGCUAAAUGAUGAGGGGAAGUUAUCUCUAACACUUGUUGGCAGCAACGUACUGGCAAGUGAGGACAAAACUUUAGAAUCAGCAGUUGUCAAGGUCAUUAAUCCAGUGGAGCAGGGCGACUCCGGCUUUGAGUUCCGAGAGCCUUCGUCGUCUCUGGUGGUGAAAGAGAUCCUCCAGGAGGCUCCCGAGGUCAUCACCGAGCAGCUGGCUCAUCUGCUCAGAGGUAGCAUCCUUUUUAAGUGGAUGGCCAUGGAGCCCAAGAAGAUCUCAGAAAAGCAGGAGGAAAUUCUUUCUAUCCUGGAAGAAAAAUUUCCCAGCUUACCUCCAAGAGAGGACAUUAUCAAUAUCCUGCAGGAGACCCAAUCCAGUGCUCAGGGUUUAGGUAUUGAACAGACAAUGCUGAAGAAUCUAAAAGAGCUUUCAGAUGGAGAAAUAAAAGUGGCCAUUAGCACUGUGAACAUGACCCUGGAGAAUUGUACAUUUCACAGCAAUAUCACCAGUGAUUUGAAAGCGUUCACAGACAAGUUCGGUUUUGAUGUCCUCAUCCUCCUGGCCAGUUACCAGUCGGAGGAGCAGCAGCCCAGACAACAGAUUGCUGUGUACUCUGAGAACCUAGAGCUGUGUAGUCAGAUCUGCUGUGAACUGGAAGAGUGCCGGAACCCUUGCCUGGAGCUGGAACCCUUUGAGUGUGGCUGUGAUGAGAUCCUGGUGUACCAGCAGGAGAACCCUUCGGUGACCUGUGAUCAGGUGGUUCUCCUCAUCAAGGAAGUCAUCAACAGGAGGUGUCCAGAGAUGGCCUCCAACAGCCGGACGUCCUCCACAGAAGCGGUGGCAGGCAGCGCGCCGCUCUCCCAGGGGUCUUCGGGGAUUAUGGAGUUGUACGGCUCUGAUGUAGAGCCACAGCCCAGCUCCGUGAACUUCAUGGAAAACCCUCCCGAUCUCGGCGAUUCUAACCAGGCCCCGGUGGAUGUCAAUGCGGACCUGGUGAGCCCAGACAGCGGGCUGGCCACCAUCAGAAGCAGCCGCUCAUCCAAGGAGAGCUCCGUGUUCCUCAGUGAUGACAGCCCCGUGGGAGAAGGGGCAGGGCCUCACCACAGCCUGCUCCCCGGCUUUGACUCCUAUAGCCCCAUCCCCGAAGGAGCCGUAGCGGAGGAGCAUGCCCGCUCUGGAGAACACGGGGAAUCAUUCGACCUUUUCAACUUUGACCCAGCACCCAGGGUUUCUGGGCAGUCCCAGCCAUCCUCCCAUUCUGCCGACUACUCCCCAACAGAUGACUUCUUCCCCAACAGUGAUUCCUCAGAAGGACAGCUCACCAUGGGGUCUAAAGAACUUGACAGGAGGGGGAUGGACAUGCCUAAUUAUUCAUCCAGUUCUCUCUUGUCGGGGGCUGGCAAAGAGACUCUCGUGGAAUUUGAUGAGGAGUUUGUCCAGAGACAAGAAAGUCCCGGGGAUAAUUCAGAAAGAAAUUUGAGCCUGACAGGUUUUAUGCAAGAUGAAUCUCCUUCUCCAGAAAGUCUAAAAACUGUUGGAAAGAGGAUCCCACCGACACCUAUGAAUAGCUUUGUGGAAAGCUCACCAUCCACUGAAGAACCAGCUCUGCUCUAUUCAGAAGACGUGACCCCCAAGACAGUCAACACAGGUCACCCAGGGCCACCUCUAACCCGGGUGCGAUGCAGCAGCUGGUGGGAUGGUUUGGAAGUCGACUCUAAAAAUAUCGUGGAUGCGUGGAGUUCCAGCAAGCAGGAAUCUGUCUUCCAGAGCCCUGAGUCCUGGAAAGAUCAUAAACCAAGCCCAGCUGAUAGGAGAGCCUCAGACUCUAUAUUUCAAUCCAAGAAUCUCAACUUCCCAAAGUCAAGUCCCUGGGAGUCAGAAUUUGGUCAGCCUGCGCUGGGCAACAAGAAUAUUCAAGACUCAAAUGAGAAGAACUUUCAGUUUCAGGACAUGCCCCCUGAGAAGUCACAUUUGCUGAAUGUUUCUCCUCAUGGAACAAACCACCUGAUAGAAGACUUCGCGGCCCUGUGGCGUUCUGACCGCUCUCCCACAGCUAUGCCUGAGCCGUGGGGAAACCCCACAGAUGAUGAGGAACCAGCUGCUGCAGCGUCAUUCCCAGCCUGGAGUGCCUUUGGUGAAGAAGGUGAUGCCAACGCUUUGAAAAAUACUUGGAAUCUGCACCCAACGAGCAGCGAGACACCUUCUGUAAGAGACCCAAGCGAGUGGGCCAUGGCCAAAAGCGGGAUUUCUUUCCCUUCAGAAGACCUCGUGGACAGUUCACCCAGUGAGGCAAAUAACGAAGCAGUUCCAGAAAUCUGGGGCAAGAAGAACCAUGACCCCAGGGACGAUAUUCUCAUAUCUGGAAAUCCCACAUCUGAUCUGGAUCAUCCAUGGAAUAGUUCUAAGCCAGCAAAGGACCAUCAGAACAGUGUGGUGGACCCAACAAUUAGGGGCAAGAUGUACAAAAAUGUAGAUUCUUGGAACCUUUUCGAGGAGAGUAACAAGGAAGGAGGUUCAGAUAUCCCAGCACCUUGGGAGGAUUCCUUCUUAUCCUAUAAAUGUUCUGACUACAGUGCAUCCAAUGUAGGGGAAGACUCAGUGCCCUCCCCCUUAGACACCAACUACUCCACCGAUGACUCUUACACUUCACCAACAUUGGCCAGAGAGGAGAAAGAAACCAGAGACAAGCCACUCACUAAAGAGGAGGGUUUUGAGUCACAAGAUGCUAACUGUCCUGCAGGGGGCGCCGACGUGCCUCCUCAGUCCCCGCAGCAGCCACCAAGAAGCCGAAUUAGUUCAGGUCCUGGGACCCUGGAAAUGUGGGCUUCGUCUCAGGCAGAUGGUGGCAAAGAAAUAAAUGCCACUCACAGCCCAGACAAAGAGCUACUCCAGGUGGAGCCCACGGAUGAUCAGAAUGUCUCCCUGGAGGAUGACGUGGGGGAAAGCAGCCAGUCCAGUUAUGACGACCCCAGCAUGAUGCAGCUAUACAACGAGACGAACCGACAGCUCACCCUUCUGCACAGCAGUGCUGACGCCCGGCAGGCAGCCCCGGACAGCCUCGACACGUGGAACAGAGUGAUUCUGGAGGACACGCAGUCUACUGCCACCAUCUCGGACAUGGACAAUGACUUGGACUGGGAUGACUGCAGUGCUGGUGUGGCCAUCACCGGUGAAGGUCAGGCACAGGGGUACCUGGUGGAAGGUAGCGAACCUCUAACCCGAUUUUCAGUGAGACAGGUUGAACCCUGGGGCCUGGAGUAUCAGGAGGCAAAUCAGGCAGACUGGGAACUCCCUGCCUCUUCUGAGCACAGCCUGGACGUGGCUCCUGAUGAAUACCACGUCCUGAAUGAGAAAAGCGGGCAGCUGAUCGCGAAUAGUAUUUGGGAUUCUGUCAUGAGAGAUAAUGCCAUGUCAUCAUUAAUGUCACCCAGCCCAUCAUAUGCUACAGAUACAGAACAGAGCAAAUCACCUCCUGAAACAACCAGCUCAUUAGACAAAAUUCAGGACAGUCACAUUGCAGACAUGCUGGAAGCUUCUGGAGCCGGUGAAUCUGAAACAAUCGAUCCUGACAAGCAGGACACAUGCGGAGGUACCCUGCCAAGUGAUACAGCAUAUUUGGUGACCAGACUUGAGAAUCCAGAGCAUUUUGCAUGCUCAGAGCCCCGGAAGGGUCCUAGCUAUGGACGAAAGGAAAGUGAAAAGGAAUUCCAUGGAGCUGCUGAUAGGGAGCACCCCAUUGAUGAGCUGAUGGAUGGAGCCUCGGAAGCUUCUGGAAAAGGGCAAGGUAGCCAGGAAUGCCCAUCCCCAGCUGCAUCUGAUCAUCAAGAAAUCUCCAAUGAACCAGGCAAAAUCAGAAAUUUUUCAGUGACUUCCAGUCCUCAGACCAAGGAACCCCAGGAAGUAUUAGAGCAGGAGAAGGGGUCUUACACUCCAGACCCCUGUGAUGUGCAAACAGAGGUGUCCACAGAUCACUUGCUGGCAAGAGAGACCUAUGCAGAGCACCUCAUAAGCCCCAGAAGAAAUUCAAGUGAAACUACUGAAAUUCCAGGUAGUCUGAAUUCCACAAAAAGUGUGUCUCUACCUAAAGUGGAUGUGGAGAAACCUGAAGAAUGUGACAUUCUGGAGCCAGAGAAAAUUAACCAAGAGACACCUGAUGAAUGUCCCCAAGGCCUUGACUCUUGGGAUGGCCCUAAAGACAGUGAUGUGCUGGUCAGUGGCGCAAGUUCUGAGAUAACUAUGAAUCUCGAAGUUACGAAUACUGAAAACAGCCCUCCAAGAGCCAAUUUAUCAGGAAAUGAUGACAGAGAUAGUAUUUCUAGUGAGUAUACACUUUCAAGUGCAUCCAGUCCUGACAUAAAUGAUUCUUCAGCUGCACUGCCUUCCUGGGACCAGGGACCCAAUACUGGGCAUCAGAAGGAAAAUCAAAAUGACUGGAGUACACAGAAUCACCAAGAAUCUGAACUAAUGACUGCUGAUGGUCAUGUAGAAGUAGUUGCUGAAAUGCAGGGUUUGGAGAAAAACAGAAUGGACAGGUUUGAAAGGAGCUUAGAUCACAAGGUUCCUAAAUUUUUAGAGUUUUGGGGUGACUCAAUAGAUGGUGAUUCCUUUUCUUCUUUAUCCAGCCCAGAAACAGGUAGAUAUUCUGAAUAUUCAGAUGCAUAUCAGGAAAGAAAUCUAGUGAUCAGCCAUCAGGAGAAAAAUGAGCGUAAUCUUCCUGAAACUGUACAGCCAGAGGACACCAGCUUCAUUUCAACAAGCUCAGGUUCUGAUGAUGAUGGUGAAGGCUAUGAAGAGUCAGUGGAGAAAGAGAUCCAUUCGGACACUUGUCAAGUGGCUCCGAGUGAACUCAGAGCUUGGGAUUCAUUGAAUAAAUCUAAUAUGUCCUUGGCCACAGCAGAUCCUGAAUCUGAGCAAUGUUCUGUCUAUAGGGGCAGUCCAGAGCGAGCAGAGAAUGAGAAUAAGUCAGACCCAUCCUGUGAUGACCAACAAGGCAGCCCUGAUCGCUGGAAUUUCUCACCAGUGAGGGAGGCUGAAUUACAGGUGCCAGCAGUGGAUAAAGAGACAAGGUCUUCUCUAGAAACAGGGAGGACUGGAGAUGUCAUGUGGCAAAUAUCUCCCAAAGCUGAACCAAAUAAUGAAAAUUACUCUAAAUUGGAGAUGGCUGACUUCUCAGCUGAGAGCACAGAGUGGUGGAAGGCCUCCCGACAGGAAGGGCAACCAAUCGAGAGCGCGUUUGAAGGGGAAUUAUCUAACUCAAGUGCUGUGCUAGAAAUGAAUUCCUCAGUGUGCGAAAACAUGGGUCCUUGGGGAGUGCCCAUUCAGGGUGAUACUGAAUCCCUGGCACUACAUGGUACCAAUCCUUUCAAUGAUAACCAUCAGUCACCCUUCCUAGAUCAUAAUGGGGAGAAUGCCCACGAGCAACUUUGGAACAUUCAACCAAGGCAGCCAGACCCAGAAGCUGAUCAGCUUAGCCAGCUUGUAAUAUUGGACCAAAUUAAAGACACAGAUUCCAGAGAACAAACCUUCAUGUCUUCUGCCGGUGACGAACUCUCCUCCGAAGUACCUGCCCAAGAACAGUGUCAGAAUUCAGUGCUGUCUGCCUGGGACCAGCCAGACUCGUCUUGUACUUACGCAGAUGGAAAUGGAUGCAUUGUAUCUGGUGUAGCAACAACUGAGUGUCAAGAAACAAAUUGGUGGGAAGGAGAAAAAUCACACUCAAGUGAAAUGACAGAUUCAAACGUCACCUCUGAAGAUUUCCCUGCUGUCAGUUCUAGCCGGUUGAUGAACAAGUCAGGCUCUGAAUGGAGUGACUCUUCCCCUACUGAGGGCCCCCAGGGCACAUUUGUUCCAGAUAUUUUACACGGCAAUUUCCAAGAGGGUGGGCACCUGGCCUCAGCUUCGCCUGACUUGUGGAUGGGUGUGAAACAGCCCUUCAGUGUGAAGACAGAUGGUGAGAAUCCUGAUAUACUGACUCACUGUGACCACGACAGCAAUUCCCAGGCUUCCAACAGCCCGGAUGUUUGUCAUGAUUAUGAAGUAAAGCCGGAGACUAAGCAGUACAUCGAUGCUGGGCUGGGACCUGAAAGGGAAGCCAGUGAGUUAUAUCUCACUGAGCCAGAAGUAGACAAAGAACCCAGACAGGAGCCUGGGCAGGAAUGUGUCCCUUAUACUUCGGAGGUGUCCUCUGAAAAUGUCAUUCCACUGCCUCCAGUCAGCAAGCAGGCAGACACAAAUGACUCAUCUCAGCCUUCCUCUUACGAGUGUUUUCCUGAACCUUCUGAGAUUAAUGGUGAAAACGAUCCAGGCUUAAAAGCAUCAGAACAAGGAGCCAACCCAGAUAUGGCACCUAUUUUGGAACCUGUUGACAGAACAAUCUCAAUGAUUGAAAACGUGGAAACUGGUAUUUGUGUAACUUACCAAGAGCCAACUGUGGACAACAGCAGGUCUUCGAUAUCAGAAGACUUUCUUCCUCAGAGGCAGACGGAUGCAGGGGACUUGUUGGACCAUGAGAAGCCCUUUGUUACUGAGAAUCCUGCCGUGGUUCCUGAUGCUUUGCUAGCCUCGGACACUUGUCUGGACGUCAGUGAAGCUGCCUUAGACCACAGUUUCAGCGAUGCCUCAGGUCUCAACACAUCCACGGGAACAAUAGAUGACAUGAGUAAGCUGACAUUAUCAGAAGGCAUUCCUGAAACACCAUUUGAUGGGGAGAUGGGGAAGCAAGAUAUCUGUUCAUCUGAAGCCUCGUGGGGUGACUUUGAAUAUGAUGUCAUGGGCCAAAAUAUUGAUGAAGACUUAAUGAAAGAGCCUGAACACUUUGUCUAUGGUGGUGACCCUCCCUUGGAAGAAGAUGCCCUGAAGCACAAGUUGGCACCUUAUACGCCUCCCUUUGAUUUGUCCUAUCUCACGGAACCUACUCCUAGCAUCGAAACCACAGAGGAAGCUGGGACUCCAGAGGAUGAGUCUCUGGGGAGUGAAGCCGCAGAGAUACUGCUUUCUGCCCUUCCUGAUGAAGGAAACCAGGAAAACCAUGCUGAGACCACAGACAGACAGCCCGGAGGCCAGCCAGUUGUGCUGCAUAUUCACGAGGACUCUGAGUCAAUUCCUUUGGCGGUAGGAAUCGAUGCCAACCCUGAGUUGUCUCCAUCACACAUUGACUGGGAAGUAGAAACAGAUCAUUCAGAUUCACCAGCAGGUGGAGACAUAGGACCACCAAGUGGUGCCAGUGAGGGAAUAUUAGAGUUGGAAGAAGAAAAAAUAAUUCCUACCGAAGAGCCUGAGCAGGUAAAAUCAGAACAUGGGGAGGAACAGUACACUGAGAAGAAAGAAGAUCGUCAUGCAUUGCACAUGGAUUACAUACUUGUAAACCAUGAAGAAAAUUCACUGCCAGAGCCAGAGGCCUGUGAAUCUAGAGAAAUCACAUCGGAAUUAGAAGAGCUUCACGUAGAUUUCAAGGAAAAAGGGCUGCCAGAAACUCGGUUAGCCAGCUCCCCGGACACAUGUCAACCAGCUUCCUUAAAUGAAAGAAAUCAUCUAUCUACAGAGAGAAUGUCUUCCAAAGAUGGUAAGAGAUCAUCUUUUAAAAGCCCUGGGCAAGACCAGAGUUGGAUGGUCUUGGGCCGUAGUGAGGUUAGUGAUCCAUCAUCGGAGACCAUGGAUUCAGGACCUGGAUGGUCUGGUGAGGCUGUGGAGCCAGCCUCUGAUCACAGCUUGGGUCAGAGCCCCCAAAUACAGAUUCUGGAAGAAAUGAAGCCUCUAGAAUCUUUAGCACUAGGGGAAGCCUCUGAUCUGGGCAGCCAGUCACGGAGGAGCAAGAGCCGAGGCAGAGCUGGCCCUGAUGCAGUUAUGUUGCAGCCUGUCACCCAUGACAAUGAAUGGGAAAUGCUUUCACCACAAAACAUAAUCCCUGAAACGGAAAUGGAGGAGGAGACAGAGUUUCUUGAGCCCGGAACAAGGAAACCAAGACCAAACGGACUGCUAUCAGAGGAUGUAGGAAUGGACAUCCGCUUUGAGGAGGGAAUGCUGAGUCCCACCGAUGCAGACAUGAGGCCAGAACCUCCUAAUUCUCUGGAUCUUGAUAGCACUCAUCCUCGGAGAAUCAAACUUACAGCCCCAAAUAUCAAUCUGUCUCUGGAUCAAAGUGAAGGGUCUGUUCUCUCUGAUGAUAACUUGGACAGUCCAGAUGAGAUUGAUAUCAAUGUGGAUGAACUUGAGACUCCCGAUGAAGCAGAUUCUUUUGAGUACACUGGCCAUGAGGAUUCCACAGGCAACAAAGAUUCUGGCCAAGAGUCAGAGUCUAUUCCAGAAUAUACGGCAGAAGAGGAGCGGGAGGACAACCGGCUGUGGAGGACCGUGGUGAUCGGAGAACAGGAGCAGCGGAUUGACAUGAAAGUCAUCGAGCCCUAUAGGAGAGUCAUUUCUCACGGAGGAGACUCAGGUAACCCUCUGCAGUGUUGCUGGACAAAUGACCCUGGAAAGGCUGAGGAGAAGAGUUGCAGGCUGGUGUGUGUGUGUGUGUUUUGGUUGCGCCUGUGGCAUCUUUCCUUCUCUCUCCAUUCCAUUUGCUGGCCAGCAAACUUGUGUUCCGUCCCUUUCAUGCCUCUCUGUCCUGCCUCAGGAUACUAUGGGGACGGCCUAAAUGCCAUCAUUGUGUUUGCUGCCUGUUUUCUGCCAGACAGCAGUCGGGCGGACUACCACUAUGUCAUGGAAAAUCUUUUCCUAUAUGUAAUAAGUACUUUAGAGUUGAUGGUAGCUGAAGACUAUAUGAUUGUGUACUUGAAUGGUGCGACCCCAAGACGGAAGAUGCCAGGGCUAGGCUGGAUGAAGAAAUGUUACCAGAUGAUUGACAGACGGUUGAGGAAGAAUUUAAAAUCAUUCAUCAUUGUUCAUCCAUCUUGGUUCAUCAGAACAAUCCUUGCAGUUACACGACCUUUUAUAAGUUCCAAAUUCAGCAGUAAAAUUAAAUAUGUCAGUAGUUUAUCAGAACUCAGUGGACUGAUCCCAAUGGAUUGCAUCCAUAUUCCAGAGAGCAUCAUCAAGUACGAUGAAGAGAGAGCUUAUAAGAGAAGUGUGAGAACUAGCUGCCUUUACAAUGAUCCAGAAAUGUCUUCAAUGGAGAAGGAUAUUAAUCUGAAGCUGAAAGAAAAGCCCUAGUUGGCCACAUCUGGACGAAGGGGCCGCUCUUCUGCCUCGUGGUUCUGUUGACACGUACCCACCUGGAAGAGACAGCUCUGAUGGUACUUUGUUUCUGCUUUGCACUACCUGGUGCCCUUCUAAAUUUCUAAGGGGAAAAACAGUAAGAGAAUCUGUUCACUCUUAACAUGUUUUAUGGAAUUGUGUGUAUUUUCCUAUUUUGCCAAUUAUGUGCCUCAAAGAUUUUAGUUGGACCUUUGCAAGAAAGUAGGACCUUCCAUUUCAAUAUUUCAUUAAGCCUUGGUACAGUGGUAUUUCGUCUUUUUGUUGACUGCUGUUGACCACUGAGGUAACUUCGGUCCACUGUUCAUUGUGAGUUGAUUUCUCCUUGGUGAUCACCUCAAGUUUGAAAUACACAGGACUCAGCAGUCCCUAGGAAAGUUGGCCCCAUGUAAACUCCACCUUUCAAAUCCUAAGCUUGCUUAAGAUAGCCAUAUUGUAGACACAGGUGCAACACCACGUCAGUUAAGCGCCCACUUGGUUCUUGUCCACAUUUAUUCUGACAUCUCCAAAGGAAGCCAGGUUUCCUAAUUCACACCAGUUUCAUUGUAGUUAUCAAAUUGGGCACUGUGUUUUCUGGGAAUUUGGUCUUUUAAAAAAAAAAAAUUAUUUCUUCAGUGAAUGUUGAAGACCUCCAAACUGGGAAACUUAAGGAUCAAUGUUUACAUUUCUGGUAGCUGUCUUUCAUUCAAGCCAUGAACUUAGUUCAAGAUGUCACACUUUAAGUACUAAGGAUAUUAUGGAAGGCGGCCCCUCAGAAAUUCAUUCUUCGGUAACAUUGAGUUAUCUGAAUCUCUCUCACAUGCAUUAUAAGACAUAAUCUGCUUUAACACACUUACAGGCUUAAAAUUAAAUAUGAGUAUGUACUAUCCUUUGCAAAAUAGUUCUUUAUAGUCUUCAUAUGUUUUUUAAAAUACCAGCAUGGUUUAGAACCCGUGGGCCUCUAGAGGAGGGAGGAGUUGGUAAAUCUAGCACCCCCACCUGUUUCCACAUGGCCUUCAAGAACGGUUUUCAUGCUUUGGGUUGAAAAAAUUUUUUUUACUAUUUCAUGACAUAAGAAAACUAUCAAAUUUCAGUCCCCAUAAAUAACGUCUUAUUGAAACAUGGCCAUACAAAUUUGUUGACAGACUCUCUGCAACUACUUUCAUCUUACAACAGCGGAAUGGAGUAACUGCCACAGACCACGUGGCCCACGGAGCCUAAAACAUUGACUCUCUUUUAGACAGCGUGUGCUGAGCCCUGCGCCAGCCCAUGCGACCUUCCUUGGCCUCCCAUUUGUAGUCAGAUGCUGGUUUCUCUAACAGUAUGCACAAAUUAGGCUGCAAACUAAUUUACUCUUAAAAAAAGAAACCUUUGGCAUCCACAAAUCAGUAAGACUCAUGGCCUGCUGACAAAGGCAAGGAGUCCUAGCCAUGAACACACGGCUCAGGUUGUGUUUACACAACCCAAAGUGAAGCCUGCUUAGAAGGCUUUUGGCUAUUCAGAGGUGUUGCUGAAGUCCUGUCCUUACCCUGGAAAUGAUUCACAGACUCCACUAUCACAUAUUAUUAACACACUCUUCAAAAUUAAACUGUAGUGGAGACCAGGGUUCCAUCACAGUCUGAGAGUGAUAACUAUCUCCGGGAGAGCUUCCAGGGACAUGUCGAGCCCUGGGUAUCAUGAGCUUUGAAGUAGACAUCUUUGCACAAGUUUCUGAAUUUCACUGCCUUCAUCUGCUUCAUGUCCGUCCCGCACCCACCUGCCAGACAUGCUCUCAUACACACAGGUCAGCUCUCUCUCCUCCAUAAGCCAUAGUUACUAUGUCCCCUUCUCAAUUCCUUUCAACUUGGUAUUCUAUUAGAUCAUUCUUCUGGGUCUCCACCCUCAUAACGUCUGGCUUGUCUGAUAGAAAAACCCUGGAGCACGUCUUCUUCCACAGCCCACCUCCACCUUUGGCAGCCCAAAUUGUGCCUUUCCCAGAACUUAGCAUGGACAGAAGCUCAAUGACCCGAUUUCCCAGUUUGUUCACUGUUGCCCUGGCAUCAUUAUUAAUAAUGCUCUCUCUCACUCAGUAAAGUUUUUGGAAGAUGAAUUAUGCGGUCCCCUUAGCCACAGGAAGUAAUAAAGAAUUCAGUGUUCAGCUGAGAGGUAUGAACUGGAGGUCCAUAAAAGGUUCUUGUGACAGUCAACCAGACACAACAGCCUUAGCAUUUACGUUUUCUUUGAACUUGUCCAGCCUGUUCAUGGAAGGCUACUCAGGUGGUAUUGUGUUUGGAGUUUUAUCUUCCUAUGUGGAAAUUAUGAGCAUCUUUCCCAAUCAGUGAUUUUGUCUGGACUGUUCAAUGGGCUGCAUAACCAUUCUGAUAGUUAAGCAUCUGCUAUCUUAUUAUCUUAAAAAGAAACUUUAAUUGCACGUGCUAGAGAAAAGCCACCAUGUAAAUUCAAACCAAGUGAAUAGAAGCCUAGAAGAAUUCUGAAAAAAAUAACCCCUCAGCAAAUAGGUAGACAGAUGUAAACAUUCACACCAUUAGCUAUCUAGCUUUGGCAUUCUGAGCAUUCUUGCUUUGGUUCUGACUUCUGGGAACUGUUUGCACUUUUCCUGUAGAUAUGUCGUUAAGGGAACCAAGGGGUCAUUGGGGCAAAAGUAUUGUUUUCCCAAAGUGUCAACUGCUAUUCACUUCGCUCCUUGAUUAAGAGAAAGAACAAAAAUCUGCACAGAAGAUAUUGUCAAGGAGUAAGAAAGUCUGUCUGAGGGCAACAGCUGAGGGUGGGAGAAAACCCGGAAGUCCUCUUGAAGCCAUGCAGUGUUUGAUGGGGUUAUCUUCUAAGACAUAAUUCCGACAUAUGUGAGGAAGUCACUACUCCAGGCCUUUGUGUUAUUAAGGUCUCGUUUUAAGUAUUCAGUUAUGGUACUGAGUUUGCAACUUUCAUCUAAUUAAUCAUAAUGCCUCUGUAGUUUGCUCCCUUAGAAAUAUUUAGAUGUGCACAAAUGAAUCUUUUAUAUGUUUAAAGGUUUUUUUCUACCAUGUAUUGAAUUGCUCAGAAUAAAGUAUCUAUUAGACCUUUGUUUUAGUAAAUAAAUUCUACAUAAAUAGUGUGAAUUGAUAACAUAAAAAUAUGUAACAACACUAUAUAUAUAUUCAUAUAUAUAUAUAGCCUCUCUGUAUAAUUCAGAAAUAAAAAAAAAAAUGAUUCCACAA